UGAUACAUGUGCGAGACCACAGAGAGCCACAAGAAGCAGCUUUACGCACAGCAACACAAGUCAUUUUCGGAAAUAAAUUGUCUGUUAAAAGAAGAUGUUUCUGCUGAAGACUUUCGCUCCCUUGUUGCUGUUGGCCUUCCUCGGGCAGCAGGUCUCUCUGUCCUCCAGUGCGCGCAAUAAGAACCGAGGAGCGGACAAGACCGUGACUGCAGCCCCCGGCAGAGAGCAGAGGAGCGGGAACAAGUCUGCAGCGAGCGGUCGGGGAAAGUUCUCCAUCAACAACCAGAUGCAGUGCACGUGGGGGGCGAAAGACGUCGAGGACACGGUCAGGCUGUCGGUAAAAUGCGAGGACCGGGAGGCGCGCAUCAAAGGCGGAGUCACCGAUAUCCGAUGUGAAUACAACGCCAAACCUCAGAGCUGCCCGGGAUACACGUCCAACCGAAAGGGCUUCUGGAGACAGGUGUCCCGCCUGUUGAAAAGGCUGCAAGGCAACGUGUGCAAUAGCAAACACAUGGUGGUGAAGGCAUCCAUGUGUAAGCGCGCGCCCCGGGAUGCGCACUUCAAGCUGGACAUACACAGCUCCCAAAUCCUCGAGCAGUCCGGAGAAGAUAACACUCGCGCGCCACUGCUGCCUCGUGCCAACUCCACCGCUGCGGCUCCGGUCAGAACCACCGCCUGCACGGUGCGCGCGAACCACCGGAAAACGGCUGAAGAGAAUUGCAGCGGCUCGUGGGCCAGUGUGUGCAACUUCUUUCUGUCCAUGCUGCAAAGUGACGACUGUUAGAUUCACAUCUCAGGAGGAGGAGGACACGAUCAAACCGAACUGAUUUAUUUUAGGACUCAUUGUGUUUUUUAAACAGCAGCAACACAUCUUUCAUUUUUAAUCAGUAAUCUGAUGUUUGUGCAGUGAACUGGGUGAUUUUCAGUUACCACAAACACCGAUAUGACAUGUUUUACUAACUCAUGCAGAUGUUGAUGUUAUCAGGUGUUUAUCAAGUAAUUUAUCAGUGACCGAAAGUAACUAAGUACUUCUUCUCAGGUACUGUCUCAAGUUGUUUACUUGAGUAUUUCCAUGUUGCGCUACUUUAUAAUUCUACUUCACUACAUUUAUCUGGCAAUAGUAGCUGCGAUUAAGAUCGAAAUGUUCCUUUAAAACGGGAUGAAAUCAGAAAAUGUGAUUUAUUGUUACAGAUUAAAGGACAGAUUAGCUCCACCAUCACCAACUAUAAUACACUAUUAAAAUGCUGCCCACACAUCAAUGCAUCAGUAAUAAUAAUCCAAUAUUUUGAUAUAGAUGUAGAUACUUUUGAUACCUGAAGUAUAAUUUUAUAUUAAACCUUUUACAUUUCUUUUGAAUAUUUUGUUUUGGCUUUUCAAUGAACCCACUUUACAACUCCCAGCAUCGUUCAAGUGCAUAUUUAUGACCACUAACUCAGACACAAACAACCACAAAUCAAUGUUGCCCUGAGAAUAUUUGUUUUAACUUGUAAUAGAGUAUUUGUAUUUGUUAUUGUUUUAAACGACCUCAAUGCUUCCUGUUUAUCACACAGAACUGAAGAUUGCUUAUUUUAGUAUAGAGCGGUACUUUAUUUCUACCUUUGGUCAACUUUAUCAA